UACUGUUAUGUGUUUUCUGUUUUUGCCCUGAUGUGGAUUACGCUGUUUGUUUUUGGACUCGUCAAUAAAUGCUGCAUUUGGAUCUUCUUGUUUUGGAGCAUUCUGUGACAUAAUAAACCAGCCAUCAACCGAUCCAGCAGCUAGGCUGGGCUUAUUGUAUUGUGGACCAUGGGCAUUCGUAUUCUUCCAUUCGGAGUGGAAGGCUCGGCUCCGGAUGAUGGUGGAUCUUCGCCAGCAGGGGAUGGAAGUAGGAGGUUUUGCUCAGACCUUCUGGACUUUGGCGGUAGGACUGGAACUUUUAAUAUCAUGUCGGUCUGAGUCCAUUGCAGUGCCCCUGGAGAUGUCUGAGCCCGCUCCAGUGGAUAGUGAAUCUUCAGUGUCUCAGUCUCGCAAGCGAAGGUCGAGAAGGAGGGCAGCAAGGUCCACUCCAGUUCUCCCGGAGCCCGCUCCAGUCCUUGAAUCUGCACCAGAACCUGCUCCAGUCUACGAGUCUGACCCAAGUCCGAUGGUCCUGGAGGACUCAAUUCCGGUGGUCCUGAGUCCGGUGGUCCUGGAGGACCUGACUCUGGUGGUCCUGAGUCUGGUGGUCCUGGUGGUCUCAGAGGUCGCCACAGAACAGCCCAAUUUCACUGCUGCUGCCAUAAAAAAGAAGGCCAUCUUUACCUUUGGCCUCUGGGCUGUUCUGCGUGGAUGGGAGCCUUCAGAGUCCACUCUAGAGCCCACUCAAGUCUACAAAUUCAUUCCAGAGUCUAUUUCCAGUCCAGAGCUUACUCAAGUCCAUGGGUUCAUUCCAGAGCCCACUCAAUGUCACAUUGUUUGUUUCUCUGGACUUUAGUUCCCAUCACCCUUUGCCUUGACUAUCAAGCCUCAUUAUAUUCAGCUGUGUCCCAUUUACCUUAUUAAACAUCCGUAUAAGCCUGG